UGUCUCCGCCGCUCCGGGAUUCGCUGCUCUCCUCCGCCGCUGUGUGACUCCUUUCCUCCCGGAGACAUGAGGCGGAAAGAGAAGAGACUGCUGCAGUUCGUAGGGCUGCUCGUGGCGGCUUUUCUCUUCUUUCCCAACGUCGGUCUGUGGUCUUUGUACAGGGACAGAGUGUUCGACAACUCGCCGGACGCGGUGGACGGACCGGGCGGCUUCCCGCCGAAUCAGGGGUUAAACCGGAUGGCAAAAGACCCUCAAGUGGGACACAACGGCGUGCAAAGGAAAGACUGGCAUGACUACGAAGCGAUCAGAAGGGAUGCCGCUCGAUCAGGUAACGGUGAACAGGGUAAGCCGUUCCCGUUGUCGGACGCUGACCGGGUCGACCAAGCCUACAGGGAGAACGGUUUCAAUAUCUUUGUCAGCGACCGAAUCUCCCUCAACCGUUCAGUCCCUGACAUCCGACAUCCAAACUGUAAAAAGAAGUUGUAUGUGGAGAAGCUGCCCAACACCAGCAUCAUCAUCCCAUUCCACAAUGAGGGCUGGUCAUCAUUGCUGAGGACUGUCCACAGUGUGUUGAACCGUUCCCCACCACAGCUCAUCGCAGAGAUCAUCCUUGUUGAUGACUUCAGUGACAAAGAUCACCUCAAGGGGGUCCUGGAGGAGUACAUGGUACGGCUGCCGAAGGUUCGAAUACUGAGGACCAAGAAGCGGGAGGGACUCAUCAGGACGCGCCUGCUCGGAGCUGGUGUUGCCAAGGGUGAAGUCAUCACCUUCCUGGACUCUCACUGUGAGGCAAAUGUCAACUGGCUGCCCCCACUGCUGGAUCGAAUCGCACAGAACAGGAAGACCAUCGUGUGUCCAAUGAUUGAUGUGAUUGACCACGACAAUUUUGGUUAUGAGACACAGGCGGGGGACGCCAUGCGAGGGGUGUUUGACUGGGAAAUGUACUACAAACGGAUCCCCAUUCCUCCUGAGCUGCAGAAAGACGACCCCAGUGAACCAUUUGAAUCCCCAGUGAUGGCAGGUGGACUGUUUGCAGUAGACAGAAAAUGGUUCUGGGAGCUCGGAGGAUACGACACCGGCCUGGAAAUCUGGGGAGGAGAACAGUAUGAGAUCUCCUUCAAGGUGUGGAUGUGUGGUGGUCGGAUGGAGGACAUCCCUUGCUCCAGGGUAGGCCACAUCUAUAGGAAAUACGUCCCCUACAAAGUUCCUGGUGGGGUCAGCCUGGCAAGGAAUUUGAAGCGUGUGGCAGAGGUGUGGAUGGACGAGUUCGCUGAGUACAUCUACCAGCGCCGGCCAGAGUACCGUCACCUCUCAGCAGGAGACAUGAUGGCGCAAAAGGACCUGAGAAAUCGCCUCAACUGCAAGAACUUCAAGUGGUUCAUGACCGAGGUGGCCUGGGAUCUGCAGAAAUACUACCCACCAGUGGAGCCCCCUGCAGCUGCAUGGGGAGAGAUCCGUAAUGUGGGCAAUGGCAUGUGUUUGGAGAGCAAACACUUUGUGUCCGGGAGCCCCGUCCGCCUGGAAAGCUGUGUGAAGGGGCGGGGCGAGGUGAGCUGGAGUCAUGGACAGGUUUUCACAUUCGGUUGGAGAGAAGACAUCCGAGUGGGUGACCCCUUGCACACAAAAAAAGUGUGCUUUGACGCAGUCUCCAACAACAGCCCUCUGACCCUGUACGACUGUCAUGGCACAAAAGGCAACCAGCUGUGGCGCUACAGAAAGGAUAAGAGCCUAUAUCACCCCAUCAGCAAUAGCUGCAUCGACAGUAACCCCAACGAGCGGCGCGUCUUCAUGAACACGUGUAACCCCCACUCUCCAAGCCAGCAGUGGCUGUUUGAGAGAACCAACACCACCGUGCUCGGGCACUUCAACCGUGACAACCACUGAGGCCUGCGGACAAACCGCGCUGCAACGUCCAUGAAAACGGAUCGCCGACAUGACUCUGCUGCUGUGAAAGGGGGUGCAAGGUUUAGAUUGACUCCAAGGUGCCGUAAUUUUGGCACUGAGGUGAUGGGUAUUUAUUUAUUUGGGUUAUUAGAGUGGGAACGUCUUAAACAAUUCAGUUUAGGUGAAGACUGAUUGAGGUUUGUUUAUUUGUGUGCGU